UUACUUAAAAUAAUUUCAAAAUUAAAACCCAUAUUCUUCUUUAACUGUUCUUCACUUUUCUGAAAAUUAAAAAUAUAUUGUCUUUGGCCAUUAGAGAUUACUGCAAACAGUUAUGUUGAGUGAGAGAGCUAAGAGAUCCUAGACUGCAGCUGUGGGAGUGAGUUCUACGUGUGUACCUGGAGUUCAGAACUGCGGCGGUCCUACCAUGCUCAAAUAUCUACAGAGUAUUCCAACAGCAGCAUUGCUGCAAGACAGGGAAGCUGGCUGCCUUCUGAAUUCUCUUACUACUUCUGCAUUCUUUAUUUUAUGGACAAAAUGCUUGUUGGAGAAUAAUUUCAUCUGGUUUUACAAUGCUUUUCUGGCACCUUCCUGGCCUUUGACUCCAGGAUUAUUUCUGGAUUUUACUUAUUGUGCUUGGUACUCACCUGUCUUUUAAAACAUAUUAGAAAACACUUCAGGCUGAUUUAUCUGUUUGGGCCCUGAUUAGAACUUUUUUAAAAACUGAAAGGUCAAAUUAUCAUCUGAAAAUAUUGGCAUUUAAGGGACAGGUGAAAAAUGCAAUGGGCAUCUUAAGGUUCAGUACAACCCCAGUACUAGAUGGAGUAUUUUCCUACUUCAUCUUAAAAGAUCAGGCUGAAGCAGUUAGGGGCUGCAUUAAGACUGAAUUGCAAAGGUGAAUACAUAAUGCAGUACUGACCGUAAUGUGUUUCAAAGAGUAUUCAUGUUACAAUGAAAGAAGAUUCUUUUUAUUUUUUCAGAAAAGACAUUUCAGAAUAUGUUAGCAACUGUGUACAAAAAGAAGCUCGUCUUGUACUUAUGCUCCCCCCAGCUGUAGAAGACCUCAGCUUUGUUAACAUGAUAAUACAUAUUUUCUUCAUACCACACAGGAGCAGAAGUGCCUCUUUUCUGGCUCUCUUUCAGUAUUGUACCAUGAAAGGACACAGGACACAUUUCAGCAUCACUUGCUGCAGAGUUCACCUGACAAGGAGGCACUUUUUUAUUCAGUUACUGAAAAUUGUUCAUAAUCCAUAUUUUCUACCUUGACACUCUUAUAAAAUGGUCUACAUUCCAUUAGCAUUGUGAUUUUUUUAAGCUUCUUUUACAAAACUGGAGAGAGAUGUGUACAGCUACGUUUUCUGCUUUGCAAUGAAAGUGUACAUUUAUCAGUUAGGUACAUGUAAGUCACUUCUGUGAAUUGAGCCCUUGGAGUAAAUGUGUUUUGAUGUAAUGGCCAUCUGCUCAUGAAUAUCACAUUUGCUAGUUUAACAAAUGGUUUGAUAUAGAUAAACACAUAGUUUGGUGAGAUCAUAUAGUUUCACAGAUAGAAAUGCAAUAGCAAAGUUUUAUAUUUUCCAUAAGCCAAUAAGCAAGGUGCAGUGGAGAUACCAAGGUUUUUGUUUGUUGCUUUAAGAAAUUAAUCUCUAGCAUUUACUUCUAAUUUCUGGCUGCUUUUUUUUUUCAAAAUGUUAAAUGCAGGACCCACAUCAGAUCGUAACCAGAGGCAAACUACAUCCUACCCAUUUCAGAAAGCAAUCAGUCUUGCUUCUCUUUUCACCUUUCAAAAAUGAAAGCUUUUCUGCUCUCAGAUGGACGCAGUACAGCCAGACACCAGGAGACCCUGAGAACAGCUGACCUGACACUCUUGCCCUGUAUGGCUUCAUUAGAGUCAGGUAUCAGUGACACAGAAAUGGCCCCUGAAGCUGUAGCUAGAGCCAGUUUGCAAGAAAAGACAGAACUGACAAGAUAGAGUUGGUCAAGUCAGUGAUUCUGAGUGUCAUGGUCUGAGGGAUGCAGGUCAGCUGCAAUGCGUUACACAUACAUAUGUAGUGCAGUAAAUAUAGCUCAGUACCCGGCCAUUUUUUAGGUUGAUAAAAACUAGUUUAGUAGGCUCUUUGUUUGAUUUUAGUUUUGAUAUUAUGCUAUUUACUGUGAUCUGGGCACAUAUUUUACAGCUGAAGUCAAAGUUUAUUCUUCAGUAUCACUGAUAUCAAACUGUAACCAUGACAGAGUAUGUGGAUUUAUAGGAGGAGUGUGUGAGUGAUGGUGAGUUUGUGUUUUGGAUGUAUCUUCAAAAUUCGUCUUCAUGGUUAGUGUUUUUAGUGCAGGAGAGCCGUGUAAAAUGUGCGUGUUCAAUAACACUGUCUUGUUUCCCCCAUCUCCCCUCCUGUAUUUUAGCAUAUGUUCCUGAGGAAGAAUUGAAAGCAGCAGAAAUAGAUGAAGACAGCGUGGAAGAUGACGGGCUGUCUCUGGACAUCCAGGAGAAUGAGUAUUUGUGCAAUGAAGAAGCGGAGAUCAAAGAGGCUCAAAGCUACCAGAACUCCCCAGUCAGCACUGCAACUAAUCAGGAUGCAGGCUAUGGUUCGCCGUUUAGUGAAAACAGCGAUCAGCUGGCCCAUUUCAAAAGCACUUCCUCUAAAGAAGAGAAAGAGGAUCCUCAGUGCACAGACAAUGUUUCCUAUCCACAGGACAGCUUGGCACAAAUAAAAGCUGUGUAUGCAAAUUUGCUUUCAGAGACUUGCUGGUCCAGUUUAGCUUUGGACUUAAAGAAAUCCAAUCCAACCACCAGCAACAACGGAAUCAGCCAGAAUGAAAACACGGCCAGUACUGAGGCCAAUGCCAAUUCCCAGAGUACUUGUACUACCAGUACCAACACUAGUACCAGUACAACCACCAGUAGUACUAGUAACAGUAACAGUGGUGGCUCAGGUUACGACUGGCACCAGGCUGCGUUAGCUAAAACUCUGCAGCAGACCUCAUCGUAUGGACUUCUCCCAGAGCCGAGUCUCUUCAGCACAGUACAGCUUUACCGGCAAAACAAUAAACUCUAUGGGUCUGUGUUCACCGGUGCCAGCAAGUUCCGAUGCAAAGACUGCAGUGCAGCCUACGACACGCUGGUGGAGCUAACAGUGCACAUGAACGAAACUGGACAUUACCGUGAUGACAACAGAGAUAAAGAAGCUGAUAAGACCAAGCGGUGGUCAAAGCCUAGGAAAAGAUCGCUCAUGGAAAUGGAAGGCAAAGAGGAUGCCCAGAAAGUGCUGAAGUGCAUGUACUGUGGGCAUUCAUUUGAGUCUUUGCAAGACCUCAGUGUCCAUAUGAUAAAAACAAAGCAUUACCAGAAAGUGCCUCUGAAGGAGCCAGUACCAGCCAUCACCAAAUUGGUCCCUUCUACCAAAAAGCGAGCACUUCAGGACUUGGCUUCGCCUUGUUCACCUGAGCCAACAGGGAUCACGACAGAAGCUUCACUGGGUGAGUCUGCAAAGGAUCAGAAAGCUGCCAAUCCCUACGUGACUCCGAACAACCGCUAUGGCUAUCAAAAUGGUGCUAGCUACACUUGGCAGUUUGAGGCACGCAAAGCCCAAAUACUGAAGUGCAUGGAAUGUGGCAGUUCCCAUGACACUUUGCAGCAGCUCACUGCUCACAUGAUGGUCACCGGUCAUUUCUUGAAGGUGACCAAUUCUGCUUCCAAAAAAGGCAAACAGCUAGUGUUGGACCCAGUGGUGGAGGAGAAAAUACAGUCUAUACCUCUUCCACCCACCACCCACACAAGGCUACCAGCCUCCAACAUUAAAAAGCAGCCCGAUUCCCCAGCGGGCUCCACAAACUCAGAGGAAAAGAAGGACCUAGAGAAGGAAAAGCUGGUGGUCACUGAAACAGAGAAAAAGAUUAAAGAAGAGAGUGAGGACUCCACAGAGAAAUUUGAGCCAACAACUUUGUAUCAAUACCUCAGAGAGGAGGACCUAGAUGAUAGUCCCAAAGGCGGAAUAGACAUAUUGAAAUCCCUGGAGAACACAGUGACAACAGCCAUCAGCAAAGCCCAGAAUGGAGCCCCUUCCUGGGGAGGAUAUCCCAGUAUUCAUGCAGCUUACCAGCUCCCGGGAACAGUCAAACCCCUUCAGCCCGCGGUGCAGAGCGUUCAAAUGCAGCCGUCCUACGCAAGCAGUGUGAAAUCACUGUCGUCAGAACACAAUGCACUCAUCCAUUCCCCGGGCAAUCUCACACCCCCACCUCACAAGAGCAAUGUAUCUGCUAUGGAGGAACUAGUGGAGAAAGUUACAGGUAAAAUCAACGUGAAGAAGGAAGAGAAGCCUUUGGAGAAGGAGAAGAGUUCUCCAAUUAAACCCAUGUCACCUGCUGCUAAAGAAAACAAGGACUUCCCAAAAGCAGAAGAAAUAAAUAACAAACAGCAGCCAAAGAAGAGCUCUGAGUCUGAAGUUCAGAAGGUCAAAAAGGAUAGUCCAGCAGAAGCACAUACGCCAAAUGGUACAGAGCCACUUAAAACAAAGGUUGCAAAUGGCUGUAACAAUUUAGGAAUUAUCACAGAUCAUUCACCUGAGCCAUCCUUCAUUAAUCCAUUGAGCGCUUUACAGUCCAUUAUGAAUACCCACUUAGGCAAAAUUUCUAAGCCGGUAAGCCCCUCUCUGGACCCUUUGGCCAUGCUGUACAAAAUUAGUAACAGCAUGUUGGACAAACCCAUUUACCCAACCACUCCGGUCAAGCAGGCUGAUGCUAUUGACCGGUAUUACUAUGAGAACAGCGAUCAACCUAUUGAUUUAACUAAGUCCAAAAACAAGCCUCUUGUUUCCAGUGUGGCUGACUCUGCCUCGUCCCCACUGAGGGAGAGUGCCCUGCUGGAUAUUUCUGAUAUGGUGAAGAACCUCACAGGGCGUUUGACACCCAAGUCUUCAACUCCCUCUACCGUGUCAGAGAAGUCUGAUGCUGAUGGGAGCAGUUUUGAGGAAGCUCUAGAUGAACUGUCACCAGUACACAAGAGGAAGGGCAGGCAGUCCAACUGGAACCCUCAGCAUCUUCUGAUCCUUCAAGCCCAGUUUGCUUCCAGCUUGAGGGAGACCCCAGAAGGCAAAUACAUUAUGUCGGACCUAGGUCCACAAGAGCGGGUACACAUCUCUAAGUUUACUGGUCUUUCCAUGACCACAAUUAGCCACUGGCUGGCCAAUGUGAAGUAUCAGUUAAGGAGGACAGGUGGAACUAAAUUUUUAAAGAACUUGGACACAGGACAUCCUGUUUUCUUUUGCAAUGAUUGUGCCUCUCAGUUCAGGACUGCUUCUACAUACAUAAGUCACUUAGAGACACACCUAGGGUUUAGUUUGAAGGAUCUGUCAAAGUUGCCACUUAAUCAGAUUCAAGAACAGCAGAAUGUUUCAAAAGUCCUCACAAACAAGACUUUGGGCUCACUUGGAAUUGCCGAGGAGGACUUAGGCUCCACAUUCCAAUGUAAGCUCUGUAACCGAACUUUUGCAAGCAAGCAUGCAGUCAAACUGCACCUUAGUAAAACACAUGGCAAGUCCCCAGAGGACCAUCUGAUCUAUGUAACUGAGUUAGAAAAACAAUAGCGUCCAGAACUGGUUUGUGAAGAUAUUGUGCAUGCAGUCCUUGGAAGAAGGAGAGCUGUGUAGUACUCAAGGGGUUAGGAAGCCACAACUGUAUAAGUUCUAUAAUAAUUCAAAAAAAGCAAACCAAGUUGCCACUAUGCCCAUACCCUCUGGAUGCUGAGAAUUGCCACUUUUUGGCAAAAGAAAAAAAAAAAAGAGAAAAAGUAUGCAAGCUGUUAUUUAAAACAAAUGUAAAAAUGCUCUUUUCUUUCCUUUAUUUUUUUUUUCUGUAAAAUACUGCAGUUUAUAGUUAUUUACAAAUGUUAAGCUUUGGUACAAGCUGACCUUUCUAUAGUGUGCUGCAUUGGUAAAUGAAAACAAAAAAAAAAAAAAUGGGGCAAAUGUUGGAUUCUGUUCCUUGUAAAUUGCCAGCAUCAGCUUAAAAAAAAAUACAUGUUACAUAUCGUACCAUUUUAAACUGUUCAACUUUCUUUGUACCUUCUGGCUGUAUGCUUUCUCUUUUAACUUUUUAUAUUGUCAUUUUAUAUUCGAUUUCUGUGUAUAUAAUGUAAAACCACACUUUUUGAAUAAAAUUUAGUUCCUGCAGCUUGAUAUAAAUAGAGGAAUUUUACUGGCACCUGCAUCUUUCCAGAUGCAUGUACUUAAAGGAACUAUCUGACAAAAAAAUUAAAUAAAUAAAAAUAAAGCAAGCAAUGCACUAUGAAUUAUACAUUUUGAUGUUUUAUCAUUAAUAUUGUACAGUACAUUUUGGUUCACACAAUUAAAUCCACUGUUUUCUCAAGUGUAAAAUAAACCCACAUGCAGUUCUUGAUUUACA